UUGCCCCCACUCGCAUGUCCCAUUCCAAAAGGCUUAUAAACUCAGAACUGAACUCCCAACUCCCAAGUGUUGCGGCCAUCGUUGUGCUGUUGUGCCUCUGCGAGACUGCGACCGUGAAAAACUCAGCUUCGCGUCCUGCUUCAGAGAUGCCGGCCGUUCCGUCCACCGCCCAGCGCCUGUUCAAGCCCCUGCCGCCGCACCGCCGGCCGCAGAGCACCGACAUCGCCGCCGUUGCCGGUUGGAUGGUCGCUGGCCUCAGCACUGCCAUCUGGCUCGUCCAGCCCUUCGACUGGAUCAAGAAGACGUUAUUUGAGAAGCAACAGCCUGAGGAAUCAAACAACUAGAAUCCUGCUCGGGGAGAUGAUGUGCUACCUGCACAUACAUGGCCUUCAGUUACCUGUGUGAUGUACUCCAUGUGGUUCUCCUCGUCUCACGUUGUAAAUACAAGUUGUGAACUCUGAAUUUCUCAUUGAGGAUGACAAAUAAAUGGAACUUCCAAAACUUGCCCAGGAA